GGAGUCUUUCAGCUGACGUGGUACAGUAUAUGAUCUCUCUUCUAGUGGAAGAAAAGGCCGAGAAAUUGUGACUACCACCUCCUAGCUUGGUAUUCAGCACAUUAAAAAUAUGAAUAAAAGGACAUUUGUAAUGUAUCUGGAAAUUGGUUCCUUUGUAUCAUCUGUGGUUGGAUGGAUAUUGGUUUGUUCCACCAUGCCGAUGGAAUACUGGACAUUUUCAGAGGUUGUAUCUUCAGUCAUUACUACCAAUUACUUCCAUUCCAACCUGUGGAAAGACUGUACCACUGAUUCAACUGGGAUGGUUGACUGUAAGGCGUUUCCAACAUUGCUUGCUUUGAAAUCUUAUAUCCAUGCGUGUCGAGCUUUAAUUAUCAUCUCUAUUCUACUGGGAUUAUUUGGAGCCAUUCUAGCCCUGGUAGGGAUGAAGUGCACCAAACUCGGGGGGUCAGAAAUCAUAAAUGCAAAGGUUACCUUUGCUGCAGGGCUUAAUUAUAUGACAUCAGGUUUUUGUUCUGCUUUAGCUUACAGCUGGUAUGGAUAUAGGGUUGUUUCAGAGUUUCUUGAUCCCAACUACCAGGGACAAAAGUUUGAGCUUGGACCAGCAAUCUAUAUUGGAUGGGGUGGGUCUAUUCUUCUCACAGCUGGUGGAGUGAUUUUCACCAUUUUUGGAGGAAAGGAAGGCUGUCAUUCAAGAACAGUGACUAAAAAGAAAAGCUUGACAUAUUCAACAUAUGGCCCUGAAGUAACAGAGCCAAGCAAACCAGCAAGGAAAUAUUCACCUUUACGUCAACCUCACAUUCAAAGCAAGAGGACUGGGCACAUUACAAGAACUAAAGAGUCUAAGAAGGAAUACGUUUAGCUUUUUGCUUUGUUAUUAACAAACUUGGGGCACUGCAGCAAAUGUUGCAUUGGAGAUCAAAAGCAUGUACUUUACUACAUUUACUUUACUUGAUCAUAUCUUGAUAUUUUGGAAUCCAACUGCUCUGAAAGCAAAUAACCUUGCAUUUGCUAAUAGAUAUAAUUUAGUUUAUGUUGUUAGGCCAGAAGUGUCAUUUCUGAAUUUCUGUGCAGUUCAUGUGUAACCAUCUUCUCCAUAGGUACACAUGUUCACAUUGAACUACUUAAUGUGUGUUUUUUUUUAUAUUAAGUGUUACUUUUUUACAUUAAGGGUAAAUAUUACUGAUUUGGAGUCAGAUUGCUUGGGUUUAUUUGUGUGUUAUCAAGGGAACACAUCUUGAAUAAAGGAAAUGUUUUAUAAAAUGUCAUCUUUUUCUUCGUUACUAUUAUACAGUAAAACAAAUAUAAUACCAAUACACAUCUUUCUAUAAAUAUUUAGCUUUUCCUAACAGUAAACUGGUGGUCCAUUCCAUUUCGAAUCAGUAUAAAUAAAUGAGUAAGUGAUCUUAAUCAGCACAACUUUUGGGUUUCUGUGUGUAGAGUAUCAUAACAUCAAGCCAUUGAUCUAACUCUCUUUACCACCACUAGAUGUCUCCACAUCCCUUUAGGUCACCCACGUACCAUGUGGGUUUUCUAAAACUAAAGGGCUGAUAUUACACCAGAUCAUGGCAACCUACGUCUUAGCAGUCUUCCUUAUUUCUUCCAUUUUAAUGUAAUGUUCAACACUUUUACUUCUCCUCCUUUUAAGCAAUCCAGAUUGUUACAAACUACCUAUGUAAUGCAGUACUUUGUUCCUCUUUUUUAUGAUAGUAAUAUGUAUCCUAUGUUCCAGGUCAGAGGAAUUAAGAUCCUAUG